GGACAUGAAACCCUGAUCUGACUGGAUCUCAACGGUGAAGAAUUAGGUCGAUCUGUGCUUUAAUGGAUAUGGUUGUCACAGGAACAGCCUCUGGAAAAUUGGAUGCCAUGCCAAUGAUGAGACCUUGGAAGUUGCAUCACUUUUCCACAGAGAGUGUUUGAAGCAGAGACCAUCACAUCUAGGGUCAAAAUGAGUGAGACUGUCAGCUGAAAAAGGGCAAAAACUGAUCCAGGCCUGUGUUUCGGGACUGUGGCCUUGCAACAUGGGGGAUGGAGAGAAAUCCAAAAUUGAGCAAUCCCACUUGCUGUUCGAUAACUUCAUCCAGGCAACAACCUGCAAAGGCACAUUCAAAGGUUUUCAGGAGCUAUGUGAGAUUCUAACCAUCACCAAAAUUGAUUUUCCCAACUUUUACCCCAAGCUUAAAUCCAAACUCAAUUACUGGAAAGCAAAAGCACUUUUUUCAAAACUGGACAAACGAGGAAGUCACAAGGAUUACAAGAAGAACACAGCUUGUGCCAAUACAAAGUGUCUGGUGAUUGGAGCUGGUCCUUGUGGCCUGCGGACGGCCAUUGAGCUAGCAUUCCUUGGAGCCAAAGCUAUCAUCGUAGAGAAACGGGACACCUUCUCUAGAAACAAUGUCUUGCACUUGUGGCCGUACACUAUUCAGGACCUGCGUAACCUGGGAGCAAAGAAGAUCUAUGGAAAAUUCUGUGCCGGAGCCAUUGACCAUAUCAGUAUUCGACAGCUGCAGCUUGUCCUGCUGAAGAUUGCCUUGAUCCUGGGCGUUGAGAUUCAUCUGAAUGUGGAAUUCCGCGGACUGCUCCCACCCAGAGGCCAGAAUAAUCCAAAUGCCGGCUGGAGAGCAGAGAUAAAUCCUCCAACCAGCAAAGUGACACAGUUUGAGUUCGAUGCUGUGAUUGGUGCUGAUGGUCGAAGGAACACUCUGGAAGGGUUUCGGAGGAAAGAAUUCCGGGGGAAAUUGGCGAUUGCUAUCACUGCCAACUUCAUUAACCGGCACACACGGGAGGAGGCCCAGGCGCAGGAGAUCAGUGGCGUUGCCUUCAUCUUCAACCAGAAGUUUUUUCAGGACCUGCGGGAAGCCACGGGUGUCGAUUUAGAAAAUAUUGUUUACUACAAGGAUGACACACAUUAUUUUGUGAUGACUGCGAAGAAGCAGAGCCUUUUGGAGAAGGGAGUGAUUCUACAGGUCGAAUCUGUCACAAUUAGCAGAACGCAAGAGGAAAGUAUUUACAGGUUACUGCCUCAGACCACACCAUCGAACAUCAGCAAGAACUACAACCUCUACAGUAUUGACCCUGUCACUCGCUACCCCAAGGUCAACAUUCACGUGCUAGAUGAAAAUCAGGUGCGGCACUUGUAUAAUACCGGAGAGCAAAAGAACCUGCCAGGAUCAGAAACUGCGGUUAUUCCAAGAUCACCAAAGUUUAAACAAAGUGACUCUUUGGCCCGAUCGAAUAAACUACUCGCUUGGUGCCAGAAGCAGACCCAGGGGUAUAAGAAUGUCAAUGUGAUCGACCUGACCACGUCAUGGAAAAGCGGCCUGGCACUUUGCGCUAUCAUCCACCGUUACCGGCCAGACCUAAUAGACUUUGAUCAGCUGAAUGAGAAGGAUGUGGAGAGCAAUAACCAGAUGGCGUUUGACAUUGCUGAGCGGGAGUUUGGAAUUUCCCCCGUAAUGACAGGAAAAGAAAUGGCAGCAGUGGGUGAACCAGACAAACUGAGCAUGGUGAUGUACCUAUCACAGUUCUACGAGAUGCUCAAGGACACGGCUCCAGAGGAAUAUCUACUCAGUUUUCAUGAUAAAUCAAACAUUGUGAGUGCUACAAAGUCGCCGAUCUCCUUCCUCAGCAGACUGGGACAGUCCAUCACUCGCAAGAGGGGGCCUAAGGAAUUGUUUAGGCACAAGUCAGUAGCCAAGCUGCCAAAGAAACAAGAGGAACGGGACCCCUACCAGAAGGGCAGCGUCAAAUCCAUUGCUAAUCAGUUCCUGGCCAAGUCCAACAGUAAUGCCCCAGGGCCAUCACAUGGACUGAAACGACAACGACCAAACCUCUUUGAGGACGAGGAUCCUGACCAACAACCUCACAGUAGACCAGGGGAGAUCACACAACUUAAUGCUGGGCCUCAGUGGAAGCAGCGAAGAGAUGUGCUGCCAUUGCGAGCUUGUCCCAAGACAGUAAUAAUGCUUCCUUGGCCUCUUCCUGGGUCAUCUCGCUGCACGCAGCAAUCAAUGAAGAAGAAGGAGUUCCCCUCACAGUUUGGAGGCAGUGAUGUUUGCUAUUUUUGUGGCAAGCGAGUUUAUGUGAUGGAGCGUCUGAGUGCUGAAGGGAAGUUCUUUCACCGUGGCUGCUUCAAAUGUGCGUACUGUGGUGUAACACUCCGACUUGCAAGCUACGCCUAUAAUCCAGAGAAUGGAAAGUUCUACUGUAAGCCUCAUUAUCGACUGGCAGGGCGUGAAGCCAGGAAAAGAUCAGCAACUCCUCCAGCACAAGCCCAGGAGAAGAUUUCUCCUCCCCCGCUGCCAACCAUGAACCCGGUUGAAGUACCGGACUCCAAGAUGCAAUAUACUGAUGGAGCUGCAGUGGCGUUUACUGAUGCCCUGGCAGAACCAUGCCAGGCAAAGCGAAUACGCAGUACUCCUGAGAGGAUUGAGCUGGAAAAUAUCCGAGUUUCACUGGAGCGUGAGGAAGAUCUCCAGGAGGUGCCUGAGGAGACACUUGCAGAACACAACCUGAGCAGUGCAUUUCAGCAAAUCAGCCAGGAGCCAGAUAGCAGUUGCAGCAGCUCUGAGUAUGAGAUGGAAGAUGAUGAAGAGGAGGAGGAAGAUGAAGAAGAUGAGGAAAAUGCACAAGCUCCCUCAGACCUGGGUGGUGUCCCCUGGAUGGAAGCUGUGAGGAUUCAUCGGUUACUGAAGGGUGACCUGGAGGGAGACAGUGAGCCUGAAGAUGAGGAGCAAUCAGAAUCAAGUUAUGCCUCUGACGCUCCCCCAUUUCGGAACGAAGCAGUUCGAGCAUGGUUGGAUUCCGUGUCCAGAGAACAGCAGAUAGAGGUGGAAUUAAGCCCAGAUGAGGAUGACGACGUGGAGGAUGAGGAAGAUGAUGAUGGAGCAGCGUUCGAUGACGAUAUUGCAUCAGAUGCAGAGGCCGAGAACUUGAUUUCUUACACAGAGGAGCUGGAGCAGUUAGUGCGGGAGAAGGAGGAAGCCUGUGGUGAGAUUGGAACUCCAGGUGGAUUCAAACCAGCACAGGGAGUGCACUCAGUGAGCAGGUUGGAUCUUCAAUUAUUGUCUGACAGGACACAGAAAAGCCAGCCUGAGCAGCAGCUUGACCUCCAGUCUCCCAGGGGUCCCUUUGUGACGCCACUCGACUCUGAAAGGAGAAUGACAUCAUCGCAGGAAGUGAGCACCCCCCUGUCUGACCACCCUCCUGUCCAAUCACAACCUCUAUGCUACCCAGAAACUCCAUCAUCUUGUUCGCCAGUGAAAUCUCAGCCCACUGUUUCUUCUCUGGCACAGAGCUCUGGCACUGCCCCAUCCCCUCGUACCCCUCUAGUACGGAGCCCUGGCACUGCCCCACCUCAUCCUACCCCUCAGGCACAGAGUCCAGGCAGUGGGCCAUCCCCUCAUACCCCCCUGGCACAGAACCCUGGCACUACCCCAUCCCAUCCUUGUCCUCUGGCACAGAGCCCCAGCAGUGCCCCAUCCCCUGUUGUCUCUCUGCCACAGAGCCCCAGCAGUGCCCCAUCCCCUGUUAUCUCUCUGCCACAGAGCCCUGGUACUGCCCCAUCAGUUAUCUGCUGCCAACCACUAACCUGUUCCGAAGUAACAAUUUCCAUUAAAGCUCAGUCACCAGUGAAAACUCAGCCCGUGUGCAGUAUCCUCACAUCCACCCCACUCAUCACCCUUAGCACAGAGUCCCACAACAAGGUGACAGAAAGACUGGCUGACCUGGGUGGAGACAAGCUCUCCCGAAAGGACCCUGUUGAUGAGUUCUGGCUGAGGAGUAUGGAACUCAGGAGGAAUUUGGGGGUCAGCCCUGUGGACCGAACCAGUGGAUCUGAAACCAGUUUCACCCUAUCCACCACUGGGUCAGCCUCUCCUCAAUCUUUCACACCAGACGAGAUGUUUGAGGAGCAUAGGAGCCACACAGCAAGUCCACCACUAGCCUCUCGUACAUCCAGCAUAUCGGGUAUGGAGGAACAGCCCCUGGCAUCUGUCACCCCAAGCCCCUCUACUGGGCUAGAUCCCAAGAGUUCAGAUGGUGCUCAGCACGAUUUGAGCAGCACCUCUGGGCUUGGUCUGAACGGAAGCUUGAGCAACACCAGGACAGCAGCCAGUGUGAGCCUGAACAACUCGGACAGUAUGUUAACUCCACCAUCUAGCCCACCUCCUCCACCUCCUGCUGGUGAGGAGCCCGCAACCCUCCGACGGAGGAAGAUCCGGGAGAGGAGGGCGAGUGGGACCGAGAGCAGCCCUGCAUUGGUCAGUAGUGAGCAACUAGGGCCAGCUCAUGACACAGCAGGAGGCAGUCAGCCUGACAGUAUGAGGAAGUCCCUUGCGGACAGCAUUGAUGAGAUUCCCUUCGCUGAUGACGUAGAAGAUACGUACGAUGACCGGACACCCGAUACCAGCAUCCAUGAACAAUUCUAUACACCCCCAAGCAGCCAGCCCAAACAGGAGAAAGUCUCUCCAUUGCACUUAGCCCAGGCUGCAGUCUCAAAGCUAACAACUCCUAAACAGAGACUCUUGACAUACAUCACACCAGAGGCCAAAGAGAUAGCCAAGGAAAGAAUGAGGGCUCGAGAGAGGUCUGUAAAGAGCCAGGUGCUCCGGGAUGCUAUGGAGAAGCAGCUGAGGAAGAUGAGAGACAUGGAAAUGAGUGAAGACUCCCCUGGCCAGGCAAGGAUUGGGCCAAGACAGGCAAGAGCUCAGGAGGCAGCCUGGCCUGACACCACCUUCCCCUCGAGCAUCAGGUUAACUAAUGGUCACAAGCAGGAGAUGCUGGGAGACAGGUUCCUGAGCCCCACGGCCAUUCAGGAGUCCAUUGUUGAAGGUUCUGGCGCCUCCUCAGAGGACUCCGCUGGUAAAAUCAAGAAGAGGGCUUCUUUAUUUUCACCACGAAAGAGCAAAAAGGAGAAGAAAUCAAAGAGCGACAGUAGGCAGUCUCAGAAGGCAAGCGGCCCAGCCGAGGAUCUUCCCAAACCCAAAUCUCUCUGGAAAUCGGUCUUCUCCAGUUACAGGAAGGACAGGAAGAAGAAGGAGGAGACACCGUGUUCCAGUACACCGUCCAGCAGCAACACCAUUGAUUCCAGCAGCAAACACUCAAGGAAUAUCCUCCACACAGCAGCAGGACUCCAGCUUGGGCAGCACCUGAGCUUAUCAGAAGAUUCAGACUUGUCAAGCGAUGAUGUAUUGGAGAGGAAUUCCCAGUGGUCAAGGCGAGAGAAACCCUACACUGAGGAGGAGCUCAAUUCCAAGCUGACUCGGAGGGUGCAAAGGGCAGCUCGGAGACAGGCCAAGCAGGAGGAGCUGAAAAGGCUGCACAGGGCACAGAUUAUUCAGCGACAGCUCGAGCAGGUGGAGGAGAAGCAGCGUCAGCUGGAGGAGAGAGGUGUGGCUGUUGAGAAAGCUCUCCGUGGAGAAGCAGACUAUUGGGGAGAGUCUAGUUACAGUGAAAUCCUCGACUUGCAUCUGGGUGGAAUGGGAAAAAAAGAUGACCCUCGACUGAUGCAGGAAUGGUUUAAACUGGUGCAGGAGAAGAACAGCCUGGUCCGCUAUGAGUCUGAGUUGAUGAUCUUUGCCCGGGAGCUUGAGCUAGAGGAUCGGCAGAGCCGGUUGCAACAGGAACUCCGUGAGCGCAUGGCCAUAGAUGCAUGGAGCUUCAAGCAGGACAGACUGAAGCUGGAAGGGGAGAGGACAUUGUUCCUGGGUGCAGCCUCCACUUUCUAUAAAGAAACCAACAACUUUUUGGGGAAAUGGUUAUUCCUAGAGUAGUCAAGACAAAGAUUCCAGCAACCAAGUGUGGAAGACCCCAUCUCUGUAGACCCCAUCCAGGAGGAUGUGCCCAGAAAGUAUUCCAGGCUGAGGAAGAAUUCCAAGGUGGUGUCUAAUUCCAUGGUCUUGAACCUUCUCUGUUUACAGGUGUGGUGCCAGAACACUGGAGGAUAUUAACAUUUGUUUGAAAAGAUACAUAAUA